AUGGCGGCGCCCAGCGGGCGCGGGCUUCUCUUGCUGCUGCCGCUGCUCGGCUUCGUCGGGGCGGCGUCCGGCAGCCACGGCUCGGGGGCGUCCCGCGACGACGACCUGCUGCCGCCGUACCCCCGCGCGCGCGCGCGCCCGGCCCGGGACUGCGCCCGAGCGCGCGCCGGCCCGCGCGAGCACGAGAGCUGGCCCGGCGCCGCCGCGGCCCCCGGCGCCGCCCGCGUGGCCGUGCGCGCCUUCGUGUCGCACUUCGCGGGCCGCGCCGUGUCGGGACACCUGACCCGCGCCGCCGAGCCCCUGCGCUCCUUCUCCGUGCUGGAGCCCGGCGGAGACGGCGGCUGCGCGCGGAGGCGCCGCGCCACCGUGCAGGACACCGCGGCGGCCGCGCGCUGCCGCGUCGCCCAGAACGGCGGCUUCUUCCGCGUGAGCACCGGCGAGUGCCUGGGGAACGUCGUGAGCGACGGCCGGAGGGUGAGCAGCUCCGGGGGGCUGCAGAACGCGCAGUUCGGGAUCCGCCGCGACGGGACCCUGGUCACCGGGUACCUGUCAGAGGAGGAAGUUCUGGACUCUGAGAAUCCGUUCGUGCAGCUUCUCAGCGGGGUCGUGUGGCUGAUCCGCAAUGGAAGCAUCUACAUCAAUGAGAGCCAGGCCACCGAGUGCGAUGAGACACAAGAGACAGGUUCCUUCAGCAGAUUCGUGAACGUGAUAUCAGCCAGGACAGCUGUGGGUCAUGACCGUCAGGGACAGCUGGUGCUCUUCCAUGCAGAUGGCCAGACAGAGCAGCGUGGCGUUAACCUGUGGGAGAUGGCACAGUUCCUGCUGCAACAGGACGUGGUCAAUGCCAUCAACCUGGAUGGGGGCGGCUCCGCCACCUUCGUGCUCAAUGGAACCUUGGCUAGUUACCCAUCAGAUCACUGCCAGGACAACAUGUGGCGCUGUCCCCGCCACGUGUCCACUGUGGUCUGUGUGCACGAGCCCCGCUGCCAGCCACCCAACUGUAGCGGCCAUGGGACCUGUGUGGACGGCCGCUGUGAAUGCACGGGGCACUUCUGGCGGGGCGCGGCCUGCAGUGAACUGGACUGUGGCCCCUCUAACUGCAGCCAGCACGGGAUAUGCACAGACACUGGCUGUCACUGUGACGCUGGGUGGAUGGGAUCCAACUGCAGUGAAGAGUGCCCCCUUGGCUGGUAUGGGCCAGGCUGCCAGAGACCUUGCCAGUGUGAGCACCAGUGUCCUUGCGACCCCCAGACUGGCAACUGCAGUGUUUCCCAAGUGAAGCAGUGUCUCCGGCCAGCUGAGGCCACGCCAAGGGAAGAAUUGUCUUUCUUCACCAGGACCACUUGGCUGGCCCUCACCCUGGUACUGGUUUUCCUGCUGCUCUUCAGUGCUAUGGCCAACGUGUCCCUGCUCCUGGGCUCCCGGGCAGACAGGAACCGGCACCUGGACGGGGAGUACGUGUACCACCCGCUGCAGGAGAUAAAUGGGGAGCUCCUGGCCUCUGAGAAGGAGCAGUCAGGGGAUACGCAUGACCCCUUCAAGGACUGAUAGAUCCCCGAUGGACUGCUCUGGAGAGCCGUGUCCCUGCCUAUGCCUAGCUUCUGCAGGGGAAGUGCUGAGGCCACUGGUGUGAACGCCGCACGCUCCACCCCCACGCCUGGCCCCACUCUACCUGUCCACCUGCCGUGGCACAUGCCACCCCAGUGGUACAGAGCUCUGGAGAAACGGAACCUGCUUCCCUGCCUGCUUGGGCCUGCUACCCAGGGGCCUGUCCCGGACAGGAUUCUGUGCCACCACCAGAAAUCCCAGGAGGCCACGAGUGGGUAGGACUCAGUGGCUUGAUCAUGACAAAGUGGCAGAUCCCAGCCAGCCCCCUGCACAGGGGCAGAAUAAAUAGGAGAGUAAUCCACCUGUCCAGCCAGUCACACACCUCAUCCUCUAUUUGCCAGCUAGAAUCCUUCUCCCUGGCAGGAAGCCCUCACAAGAAGGGGCAGGGAAGGAAUGAAGUCUCCAUGUUUACAGACCUUCUGUUUUUGUCCUGCUGCCUAUCCAGAGUGUUCUACCACUUGAAUAAAUUGAAAUAUUAAAAGGA